AUGGAAAACACUCACCGGCAGAAAGCUAAAUCCACCGGCGACAUGUUCACAUUUCCGUUUUUGUCGAAGGGUCUCGAAUUGGAGUCUGAGUUGGCCGAUCAGUUGUUCGCCAAUGGCAGGUUCCGCAUUCACGCUUUCCCUGUUCAACCCACGAAUUUCCUCAUUCCCAAAUCUGUGAUAUUAUCCCGAACGAGUAGUUUCAGCAGCAAGGGUUCAUUGUUGUCUUCUCGGAGUAAUAGCACAAGCACUAACAGCAUCAGUAACAGUAACAGUAAGAGUAAGAGUAAGAGCAGUUGUAGAAGUGCACGAAGAAGCAUCAAUGAAGCUACACCAAGGAAGAAGUUAUUGACUAUCCAUCACGCUAGAUCUGUUGCGGUCAAAUCGACCAAUACUUACAGUAACAGUAGCAGUAAAAGUAACAGCAGUGCACGAACAAGCACUAGUGAAGUCUCAUCAAGGAGAAAAUUAUUAACCAUCAGUCAUGCCGCGACCAACACCAGCAACAAAGUGGGUACUAAGGAAUGGCAAACUCGUACAUAUGGUAACGAGUACGGGCAUUCUCAUAGAUGGCAGUUUAUUUCCCCGGUUCCAUCUUUUAAUAAAAGGAAGGGAGGGAAAGGGAAAGGGAAGGGAGACGCGGACGACAGAAAGGGGGUUUGCCGGAGGUUUUUGGGAUGGCUGGUGUCCACAUGUCAAGAGUGUCAUGCUAUUGAACCUUCAAAGAGAUUGGAAGUGAGUAUGUGA